AUGAUCAUGCAUUCAACUAGCCUGUUUACAAAUCCAUACGCAAUUGAAGUCCUAAGAACUAAAAAAGAAGAGCUAGCUGAAGGCAUAAACGACCCAGACCAUCUUCUGAACUGGCUGAUAGACAAUGGUAUUUUUACCCCAGAAAAACAGAUGGUCAUGAGUUUCUACAGGACACGAACAGAAAAGAACUCUCGAGUUUUAGACAUACUAAUUUCUCAAGGUGAACGAGCCUGCAGGCUCUUUUUUUAUCCAUGUUUAAAGCAAGUGGAGCCAAAACUUUACAGCAAGAUGAGAAAAUAUGUCAGUGAAGUAAAUGAAAGCAUUGGAGAUGCUAGAAGACAAUUGGUAGGAUAUUUACUCGAAAAAGACAAGGUUUGGUUUGAAAAUAGCAGUGAAGGGCAUCAGAAAAAAAAAGACAGUCAUAGAAGAAAAAAGCAAGAAUGGGCUAUUAAGAAGAAAGGAAAAGAAACUCAACUUUCAAGGGCAGCAAAACCUAGAAAAGAUCACACUGAUGCUGGCAUCUUUGAUGCAGUUGCUAAAGGCUAUCUUUCUGAGUUAGAGAAAACAUUGAAAGACAAUGAUAUUAAUGCACUAAACUCUUCAAGUGAAACACUUCUGCAUGUUGCAGCCACUAAUGGACAUCUAACGAUAAUGGAAUAUUUGAUCAGCAAAGGUGCAAAGACAGAUGUGAAGGACAAGAAAGGAAGAACACCACUGCACAGGGCUGCUGAGAAAGGCCAUGGUGAUGCAGUGAAAGUGCUUCUCCGAUGUGGUGCUUAUAUGUACAGUUUGGAUACGGAAGGCAAGACACCACUUGAUUUGGCUGCACAGAAUAACCACAGUCACAUAUUGAAGAUGCUGCUGAAAGAAGAGGCAAGAAGCUACAGGAACCAGCGCAACUUUUUGCACAUGGCAGCACUUAAAGAUGACAGUAGUCUGGCAAAAAUGCUUUUAAAGGCUGGCGCCUCCACUGAUGGAAAGGAUGAAAGAGAACAGACUGCCCUCAGUUACGCUGUUUCUCAGGGCUCUGCAAAUACUGCAAAAAAAAAUCUGCAUGGUAUUGUAGCAGCUUUAAUUGACAGAGGUACAGAUAUAAACGCCUACAAUGAAAUGCAGUAUACUCCUCUACUCCUGGCGUGUGAAAUGGGGAAAGCUGAAUCAGCAGAAGUUCUAAUCGAAAAGGGAGCAAACUUUGGAAUAAAGACUCCUGCUUCAGACACAGCUUUGCACUUGGCAGUUCAAGCCGGGGCUGCUUCCAUUGCAAAUGUGCUUCUGCACAAAGGGAUGGAAGUUAACCUUAUGAACCAAGCUGAUGAAACUCCGCUCCAUGUUGCUGCACUUCAUAAUAAAGGAGCAUUAGUUGGCCUUUUAGUUAAUGCUGGGGCCAAAAUUAACGCUGUCACUAAAGAGUUUGUUACUCCCCUGCAUAUAGCAAGUCAAAGAGGUAACACUGACGUUGCGCAACAGCUUUUGCACCACAAAGCCAAUGUUAAUGUUAAGGAUAAGCAGUCAAAAUCACCCCUACAUUUUGCUACUGAAAGGGGAGACAAAACAAUGGUAGAGAUGCUUCUGAAUGCUAAUGCUGACCCCAACGCACAAGACAAGGAGAAAAAGACUCCCCUGCACAUUGCAGCUGUGAGAGGACAUCUCAGUAUUGUGAAAGUUCUGUUAGCUAAAAAAGGAAGAUUUGGAGCUAAGGACAUGGAUGGAUGUACUCCAAUGCACUAUGCAGCUAUCAAAGGAAACACAGAGACCGUAAAAAUUCUUCUGACAUCAGGGAAAAAUAAAAAUAUUGAUGAUAGAAACAUUUGGAGAAAGACUGCACUGCAUAUUGCAGCAGAAUAUGGACACAGCGACUUGGUAAAUCUAUUACUGAGCCAUGGAGCAGCCAUUAAUGCCUUAGACAGCAGCAAGGAUACUCCAUUACAUUGUGUGUGCAAGGCUGGUCAUUUUAAUGCUGCAAAUUGCCUUGUAAACUGGUCACAAGGAGAAAAAGCAAAUUUACUAGCUGCUAAUAGUCUCAAAAAGACCCCACUGCAAGUAGCAGAAUUUAAUAAAACAGAAAAUCAGGCUCAAAUUGUAACACUUUUGAAAAAGAAAAUGCUAAUAACAAAAUGA